UCGUUUAAAUAUUCAAACAAGUUCUUCAACAUUAUAUGUGUAUGAAUUACAGAGAAUAUAUACUUGAUAUCUCUCAUUUAUGAAGAUCAAAAUCUUUAUUGAAGUUAUAGCAGAAUUCACAACAUUUGUAUAAAUAGAAUAACACUAAAAAUGUCCUUCCUUGAAGAUUCAGAAAACCUACGUAUACCCUUUGUUGAUAUUAAAGAAGCCACUAAAAACUUUUCUACACUUAUUGGGAAAGGUGGAUAUGGCUUGGUUUACAAAGGGGAACUCUUACUUUCUGGUAAACUUACCCCUGUAGCUGUUAAGCGACUACAGGUCGGCGUUUCCGGUCAAGGGUUUAAGGAGUUCUUAACAGAGAUUCAGUUGCUCACUCGUUAUAAACACCCAAACCUCAUUUCUCUUAUUGGUUUUUGCAAUGAAGAUGAAGAAAAAAUCCUGAUCUAUGAGUAUGCCGAACAUGGAAGCCUAGACAAGUACUUAAGUACUGCAGAAUAUAGGCGUACGCUGACAUGGAAGCGACGGUUGGAUAUAUGCGUCAAUGCAGCCCGCGGUUUGAACUUUCUUCAUAACGAGGCAGCGGCAAAUGAAAGAGUUAUCCACAGGGACAUCAAAAGUUCAAAUGUUUUGUUAGAUCAAAACUGGAAAGCAAUGAUAUCAGAUCUUGGGCUUUCAAAAAUAGGCCGUGCUAAUGAGAAAGACACUUAUCUCAUUACUAAUGCUUCUGGAACAUAUGGUUAUUGUGAUCCGGUAUAUAGAAAGUCAGGGAUCCUUACAAAAGAAUCAGAUGUCUAUUCUUUUGGUGUUGUUCUGUUUGAAGUCUUAUGCGGGAGGCUGUGUUUCAUAGAUGUGCACAAUGAACACCGGUUCCUACCUCAAUUAGCCAAAAGUUACUACAAAAUGGGUCAAAUAAAUAAGAUUAUGGAUCCAGAAUUGCAUAAUGAGCUUGACUCGGAUUCAUUAAAGAAGUUUUCUGAGAUAGCAUUCAAAUGCAUACAUAAGACUCGUGAGCAACGACCCUCAAUGCAUUGGGUGUUACAAAAUCUUACUCACUUACAUGACCAAAUGCAGCAGAAGAUCAGAGUAUCACAAGGUCAACAGCAAUUUUCAUCUUCAUCCUAUAACAGUCCUACAGGUGGCAAGCAUUUGGAACAAAAUUAUGAUGUACCUGAACACGACAAUGGAGAAAGGAAUAGCCUGAUACUGAAUGGUCAAAUGAGUCAGAACAUAGAUGAUGUGUAUGACAAUGAUGAGAGGGUUGAUUCUAAGGCUUUAGAAGAAGAUGGACCAGGUGUGGAGGACUUCCAAGUAAUUGGGGAUGCAAAACCAGGUGGUAGACUUUUAUGCUGUGCAUAUUCGGUUAAUGGGACUUCACUAGCCAUGUUUCAGUGGGUUCGUUACCAUCGAGACUGCACUAUGGAGUACAUUGAGGGGGCUACAAAUCCGGAAUAUGUAGUUACAGCUGAUGAUGUCAAUAAACUUAUUUCUGUUGAGUGCAUACCAAUGGAUGACCAAGGUCGUCAGGGGCAAAUAGUGCGACUGUUUGCCAAUGAGCAGAACAAAGUAACAUGUGAUCCAAAAAUGGAACAGGAAAUUGACAACUAUAUGUUAGCUGGUGAAGCAUCAUUUGAUGUUUCGCUUCUGAUGGAUUCAUUUGAGAACUGGGAACAAAUAACGUUCUUUUUGAGACGACAGAACUACCAAGUAAAGAUCAACCAGACCCAAGUUAUUAUCAUCGACGAGAUGUAUACCAAUGAUUUAUCGAUUAAAAUCCCUUCAGGGGUUAGUACACAAUUUGUGUUGACACGUCAGAAUGGUUCUUCACAUACUUUCAGUACAAUCAAUGAUAUUCGAACGCGCGACACCAUGGUGCUCACUAUGAGAAUGUUCCAAAUAAAGGCAUUGGACAAAAGAGGGAACGUCAGGGGAAGCAGAUCGAGAAGUCCUUCGAAAGAUAGGGCUUCCCAGAUAAAUUAUAUUGUUGAAUUGUAACUUUUUAAUAGUGAAAGGAGUAUUAGUGAUAAUAGGUUAAAUGUAUAAAUACUUCUUUUUAAUCCAUUUGUAAUUGGGGAUGAUAAAAUCUAACUUUGUAAUUCUUCCGACUCUAGCCUCCAUCACACACACAAA